AGAGCAACUUAAAGUUGUUUAGUGAUCCAUGACUGCGUACCGUACCCUGGAGAGUCAGUCAUAUGAUUCCUCAAAACAUUAGUAGACGAAUCUCUCCUACAGGUAUGGCUGUCGCUGCGGCUCAAGGCAAACUUAUUGCCGUUAUUGGCGAUGAGGACACGUGUGUUGGCUUUUUGCUGGGUGGUAUUGGUGAGGUUAACAAGAAGCGAGAGCCUAAUUUCUUGGUAGUGGACAAAAAUACUAGUGUCCAAGAGAUUGAAGAAUGCUACAAAAAAUUUAUGAAGAGAGAUGAUAUUGACAUCAUUUUAAUCAAUCAAAAUAUAGCAGAGCAAAUUCGACAUGUCAUUGACACAGACAAUGACAAUCCUCUUCCAGCAGUCCUAGAGAUUCCGUCCAAGGAUCACCCAUAUGACCCGACCAAAGAUUCUGUUCUGCGAAGAGCCAAGGGUCUGUAUAGUGCUGAAGACAUGCGCUAAACUGAUCGUUAGGACUAACCUAGAUGCUGGCAGCCCCUCGUGUUAUUGUUGGGAGAAGAUAAUACAGUAGUUCUGUAUUGUGUGCGCAUUCCACUUUGAAAUUCUUUUACAUUUUAUGAGGGUCUUUCAAGAAAAUUGUAGGCAACAAUGAUGUUAAUUGGGUUAUGUGUUAGGAAUAUGUCUUGUAUAGUAUAAAUGUUUGUAAAAAUGUGAAGGUAUCAAAUACAUUAAAAAAAAAAAAAAAAUUGUUUGAUUUCUCAAAAUAGUUUGGAAUCAUUUCUUAAAAUAACAAAAAUUUAUCCAUUUUAUUAGGCACCACUAGAUGCAUUUACACUGAUACACAGUUUGGAGGACGAACAGUUAAAGAUGUAACAAGACUAAACUGUGAAGUAUUUUGAGGCUCUGCAUGGUCACUAUCAAAAUAAAUCACAUUAACAUGCUAUGAAAGUUCUGCAUGACAUCUUCUCACAUCCCUACAAACCUACUAAAAAAAGAAGAUAUAAUAUAUAUUAUAUUUUUUGCUGUUGAUCAGCAGUGACAAUAUACACCUCAAUGUUAUUUUAAAUUACAAUUACCACUUGUUACAAAUAUUCAAAAUAUGAUUCUAACCACUAUUGCUGUUUACAAAAGUCACUCGGCCAAAAAUACUAUUGUUUAAUGAUUAACAUGUCAAUCCAGGAUGCAAGCCGGCAAUAAAAUAACUUGCAUGUUCCAGUGCCUGGUCGUAGACCUAAAAUCCAACCAAUGGGUUAAGGUUCAUGCACAUACCUUUUCAAGUAGCCAUUGCUGUUAAUAAGUACAAUUGUUAAUGCAUGUAAUUAUUUGAAUCCUAAUUUAAGUUGACCGAGCUCCUGAAAUGAACUGUCUUCAUACUAGUUAACAAAUUAUUUACACCAAUACUAGGAUCACACAAAUGUACAUAUCUUACAAUAUUCUCAUUUUACUUAACUACAUUAGAUCAUCAUAAAAU